GGUUGGACACUCGCAUUGCAGUACUGCCUAUAAAACAGAGGGAAGGAGUACUUGGUGCUUCCAAAUCCUUUCAUUCAGAGGAUACAAGGAUUCAGCCAUCAUGAAACAGGAGGAUUCUGAGGAAAUUAUAAAAAAUGUCUAUCCUGAACAGAUUGAGGAUUCGGGACCUGGAUCAUUUAACUACAUGCAUGUAAGGUUAGAGGAACAUAAGCAACCGGAACUUAGCACUAAGGAACUAAUCACAGAAAAAACGAAAGAGGUCUGCAGAAGUGGCCCAAAAGUACUAAUAAACUACCUUUACACGCUCUUCCCAGUGCUACAUUGGCUUCCACGCUACAAAAUUAAAGAAUAUCUGCCAGGAGACAUCACAUCUGGUCUCAUUGUAGGUAUUGUCACCAUUCCACAGUCAAUUGCCUAUUCACUUUUGGCAAACCAGGACCCUAUAUAUGGACUAUACACAAACUUCUUCUGCUGCAUCAUCUACUUCCUGAUGGCAACCUCUCGUCAUAAUUGCGUUGGUACAUUUGGUGUGCUUUGCCUUAUGGUUGGUGAAUCGGUAAACAAGCAGUUAGUUGCUGCAGGGUUUUCAACAGAUGGUGACAGUACAACAACUUUAAACUCAACGCUGGCAUCCAAUGGGACUGUGUGUGGCAAGAGUUGCUAUGCUAUCACAGUGGCCACAUCCUUAACAUUCAUUGCUGGAGUCUACCAGAUUCUAAUGGGGAUUUUCCGAUUAGGUUUCAUCUCCAUGUACCUUUCAGAGCCCUUGCUGAGUGGCUUUGUUACCGGAUCCUCUAUCACCAUUCUCACCUCCCAGAUGAAAUACCUCCUAGGCAUAAAGAUUCCACGUCAUGAUGGUGCUGGAGCACUGGUGUUGACUUGGAUUGACAUCUUCAAGAAUAUAAGAAGCACCAACAUUUGUGAUUUAAUAACAAGUCUUGUUGCGUUAGUUGUCAUUGUUCCUGUCAAAGAAAUUAAUGAUAGAUUCAAGAGUAAGAUGAAAAUUCCCUUUCCGGUAGAAUUGGUAGUUAUUAUAGUGGCAACGCUAGUUUCUCAUUACUUUAACUUUAAGGGCAACUAUAAGUCUUCCAUUUGUGGGACAAUCCCUACUGGAUUUCAAACACCUAGAGCACCAGAUUGGAGUCUGAUUCCAAGUCUGGCUGCUGAUGCUGUCCCUAUUGCAAUUAUUGGGUUUGCAAUGACAGUCUCCCUUGCCGAAAUAUUUGCAAAAAAACAUGGGUACACGGUUAACAGCAACCAAGAAAUGAUAGCUAUCGGAAUGUGCAACCUUAUACCAUCUUUUUUUUAUUGUUUCACUAGUUGUGCCGCGCUGGCCAAGAGUCUUCUAAGAGAGUCUACGGGAGCCAAUACCCAACUCAAUGGCAUUAUCAGCUCUGCUGUAUUGUUGCUUGUGCUACUUGCUAUUGCUCCACUUUUCUAUUCACUGCAAAACUGCAUUUUAGGAGUUAUCACUAUCACAAGCCUUAGAGGUGCUUUAAGAAAAUUUGCAGACACUCCAAGAAUGUGGCAGAUUAGCAAAAUUGACACUGUUGUGUGGUGGGUCAGCAUGCUUUCAUCAUCCCUGAUUUCAACAGAAAUAGGGCUGCUGGUAGCUGUCGCUUUUGCCAUUCUUUGUGUGAUAGUCCGUACUCAGAGGCCCAGAGCGACCCUUUUAGGUAAAGUCAGUGGGACCGAAAUUUAUGAAGACCAGUUCACAUACAAAGAACUCACCAAUAUUCCCAAUGUCAAAAUAUAUCGGUUUGAUGCCUCUCUGUACUAUGCCAAUAAAGAUUAUUUUAGAACCAGUCUAUACAGUAAAACUGGUAUUAACCCUUCAAUAGUUGCUGCUUUACAAAGAAAGGCAAAGAAAGAGAUGGAGGCAGCAGCCGGAGAAACACAAAAUAGAUUUAUUGCAAGGUUCAAUUUGAUUAAGACAGUAAAAAAGACCUAUCCAACAUCUAAACAUUCUGUCCCACAGCUGGACAUGCACUCCCUUAUCAUAGAUUGUGGUGCUAUGCAGUUUAUUGACACUGUUGGCCUCGGUGUGCUCAAGGAAAUUCACACGGAUUACGAAGAGAUAGGAGUCAGAGUUAUUCUUGCCAACUGCAAUCCAUCAGUGCGCCACUCACUCCAAGAUGGAGGGUACUUUAGUCAAUCUGGUGGUGAUGUGGAGUUGCUGGCUUUUCAUAGUGUGCAUGAUGCAGUCACAUUUGCUGAAAGGAAAUUUAAGGAAAAACAGAAGGAAAUUCAGCUGAUAGAUGCUGCAUUCUCCUUUGACCCGGAUCAAGCUGUUAGCGAUGAUCUAAAAAUAUAAAAUAACUUGUUUUGGGGAAUGAUUAGUGUAAGCCCAAUUACUUUCCAAUCAACUACUUAUAGAUUACUUCUUAUUAAAAGUAGAUUCAUAAUGAAAGAUUUAGAUUUUCAUUUCAAUUCACUUUGAAAGUAGCUUUGAUGUUCUAUGUUUCCCACCUACUAAUUUUACAACUAGAACUGUGU